CAACCCCAAUAUGGGAACACUCUCACAGAAGAAGAAACCUAAUAAUCCUCUCUUUCUCUUUCUCUUACUCUAACUCUUUCUCUUCAUCUUAAUUAAACACCACUGCUUUUCCAAUGCAAUUGUUUUCUUCACAUCCAACAUAUCACUGUCUAUCUCUAUUUCUUUUCUUCUUCUUUUUUUCCUCAAUCUCUCUCACUCUUCCUUUGUGUGUGGUCCUUCUCUUUUAUAUCUCUCUCAUCACUUUCUCCAUUUCUACAUAUAUACCUAGCCUUGUAUCCCACAACACUACUAUAUCUUAGCCUUUUCUCUCCCUCCCUUCUCCCAUAUUAUAUAGCUUGUCUUUUAUUUCUUAGACUCCAUCCAUUCUUCUCCCCAAUUGAAUCUUCUUUAUUUUGUUUCUUCACUGUCUCGUUAUGGCUAUAGUUUUGCAUAGUAAAUAAACUGAACUGAAGCUAUCUAUAUAGCAGCAAGUGUUGAUUUAAUUACUUACUUUAGACAAUAAUUAUAUUAAUUACACCAAUUUAUAAGCUCUUUAUCUAUCUAUCUAGCUAGGGAAAAUUAAAAUGUCUAGCAGAAGGUCCAGGCAGCAAUCUGCAUCCACAAGGAUCUCCGAUGACCAAAUCAUCGACCUCGUUUCAAAGUUGCGUCAACUUGUUCCUGAGAUUCGCGAUAGGCGCUCUGACAAGGUAUCAGCAUCUAAGGUCCUACAAGAGACCUGCAACUACAUCAGAAGCUUACACAGAGAAGUGGAUGACUUAAGCGAACGACUGUCUCAGUUGUUGGCCACAAUCGAUGCUGAUAGCCCUGAAGCUGCCAUCAUUAGGAGCCUAAUUAACUAAUAAUAUAUAUUAAGCGCAAGUAAUCAUCUAAUUUUCCUAUAUUCAAGGAGAUAUAUUAUAAGAGUGUAUUAAUUUCUUCUUCUAAAUUAGGUGGCAUAGAGUGCAGUUUGAGGUGCGUACGUACGUCCUUCCAAUAUAUUAUAGUACAUGGCAGGAAUGGUGCACUUGUGUAAGUUAAAGGUUUUUGCAAUAAGAACUAAGGACUCUCUGUAUUAUGGCUAUAGUGCUAUAUAAUAAUAUAUGCAUGCCACAUUUAUAGAUGGCCUCAAAA